UCGCUUGACUGGUGAGGAAGGCAAAGAAUUCACUGUGGGUGUCAGAAAAUACUUUCCUCAACUUUGCAAAGCAUUUAAGGUACACAUUUGUAGUCAAAACUCAGAGCUGAAUAAUGCAGCGUUACAGGCGUUAGGAUUCUGUGUUUUUAAUUCAAGUAUUACGUCUGAAUUAUCUGCAACUGAAACACGAGACUUGCUUUCAAUGGUGAAUGGUGUUGCUCUAAAAACUUCUGACAAAAACACUCGCACUCGGGCACUUUGGGUGAUCUCUAAGCAGACAUUUCCUUCUGAAAUUGUUAAAGAAGAGGUGUCCAGUAUUAUUUCUACCCUGGAAACGAUACUUACCAAAGGAGAUGUACAGUCUAUGGUGGUUGAAUACGAGGCACUAAAUGUUAUUAUACGCUUAAUGGAGCAAACUCCGGUCCAGAUGGGAGAAGAGGCUGUGAGGUGGGCAAAACUCAUCAUCCCCCUGGUCGUCCAUUCUGCUCAUAAGGUGCAGCUGCGAGGUGCCACCGCCCUGGAGAUGGGCAUUCCCCUGCUGCUCCAGAAACAGCAGGAGGUAGCGGCCAUCACGGAGCACCUCAUGACUACGAAACUAAUUUCAGAACUUCAGAAAUUGUUUUCUACAAAAAAUGAGACCUACGUAUUAAAAUUGUGGCCACUGUUUGUCAAAUUACUUGGAAAGACUCUGCAUCGUAGUGGCAGUUUUAUCAACUCAUUGCUGCAACUGGAGGAACUUGGAUUUCGUAGUGGCUCACCAGUGAUAAAGAAAAUAGCCUUCAUUGCGUGGAAGAGUCUAAUAGAUAAUUUUUCUCUAAACCCAGAUAUAUUGUGCAGUGCUAAAAGGCUGAAAUUGCUCAUGCAGCCACUGAGCUCGAUCCACGUGAGAACAGAGGCUUUAGCACUGACAAAACUGGAGGUCUGGUGGUAUUUAGUCAUGAGGCUGGGACCUCAGCUGCCUGCAAACUUUGAACAGGUUUGUGUACCGUUAAUCCAGAGUACUUUAAGUCUAGAUUCUUCUGCUGCCUUGCAAGGAACUCCCUCACGUACACCAGCCAACCAAAGCUUGGGCACAUCAACCCCUGCACAGAAAUCAGGUUCUUACCUGUUUGCAAGUCCAGCCACACCAAGGAUGAACUUGAACUCUAGUACAGCAGGACUGGUGGUAGUUCCUUCCAUUCAGCUUUUGGGAAUUGAAAUGCUGCUUCACUUUUUGAUGGGACCAGAAGUUGUUGAUUUUGCUAAGCAGAACAAAGUUGUGCUUAGUUUAGAGCCUCUCCAGUACCCACUGAUCAGUAGCCCUUCUUUUUUUUGUAAGCACGCCAGUACGCUUAUAAACGCAGUUCAGGAUGGCUUUAUUGCAAUUGGAAAAGAAGUUCCUGAUUGUACGCUGAAUGCUAUAUGGAAGGGCAUAAAUGGAUACGUAAAAACAGCUAUUGAAUCAGGAAAUAAGAAAGAAAAACAGGGGUCGGAAGUACUGACUAUGUUGCUCCAGGCCUUAAAAAAUAUUGUUAGAUCAGAUUCUCUUCCUGUGCAGAAAAUAGUGUCCCUGAUUGAUAUUACUGUUAAGGAAUUGCCUCAAAAAGUAUUGGGAUCACCAGCUUACCAGCUUGCUGAUAUGGAUCUUUUAAAUGGAACACCAGCUUUAUUCUUAACCGAGCUGCCUUUCCACAACAACCUCUUGGAAUGCUGCGUAACAGAUGAGAGAUUCUUUGUAAUUCUUGAAACGCUCGUGGGUUAUGUUCUGUCUGGGCCUACAUCUCCCCUGGCUUUCAGUGAAUCCGUGAUCUGCAUUAUUAAUCAGAAGGCAAAGCAAGUGAAAAACAAGGAGCAUCUUUGGAGAAUGUGGAGUAUCGUUGUUAACCCGCUAACCGAGUGGAUUAACCGGACUAAUGAAGUGAAUCAGGGUGAUGCGCUGGAACACAACUUCAGUGCUGUUUACAGCGCAUUGCUGCUGCCGGUAUCACACCUCUUCCCCGUUCAGGAAUUCCCACAGCCAACUAUGAAAUCCUUGUUGCGCACUUGGUCAGACCUGUACAGAGCAUUUGCUCGCUGUGCCGCUUUAGUUGCGACAGCCGAAGAAAACCUGUGCUGCGAAGAACUUUGUGCCAAAAUAUUAUCUGGGCUAGAAGGUGAAACUCCAGUAAAGUUACCGAUGAUGGAUGGUCUCACCCACAUUGUGUCGGUUAUGGCUGACUGCAUCAACUUUGCCCCGUAUGGUACUAAAUAUCAGCCGAAAAAUAGAUCUCCACAGACACCUACAGAUUGGUCUAAGAAGAAAAAGGAACCCCUUGGAAAGCUUGCCUCUCUGUUGAAACUCCUGGUGAUGUUACUAAACUCUUUCCAUGUGUUCAGUUCCAAAGAAAUCUGUUCAGAAACAUUGGUCUCUGUUGGUCCUUCAAUUAUUGCUAUUCUUCACAACAUCAUCAGCCACGUUUCAUUGCCUUCAGUGAUCGGGACUAUGUUUGCAAUUUUUUCAAAACCCCUGGCAGUGUUUUAUGAAAGAACAAAGCUUGCUGAUGUAUCUAAAGUAUACAGUAAUCUUAACAACAAGCUUGAAAAGCUAUUGGCAGAGAUUUUCCUGUGCCUGCAGUCUCACUGCAUGGGUGCUUACGACAGCGAGCUGCUGGAGCAGCUCUCGCCCUUGCUCUGCGCGAUGUUUCAGCACAAGAGCAAACAGAUCCGCAACCAGUGUGCCCAAUUCUGGAAUGCGACGUUCGCCAAGACCACGUCCUUAACGUACCCUGAGGAGUUAAAAUCCGUGUUAAGCCAAGCCAAAAAGAACAUUCCGCUCUUGCUGCCUGGUUUUCAAAGCAUCGAGUUAGCUGAAGACUACAGCGGCCCCUUCUCUGAUACGAUGGAGAAUUCACAGCUGGAUGCAAAGAUAAGUGGAAUGGAAGUGAAGCUGGGGCAAAAACGGGACCCUGUGUCGACACAGACAAGCGAACUAAAAAACGAAGUAAAAAACAAGCCCAAUAAUGUGCAAGUAACAUCUGCAAAGUUAAAACUAGAUUUUUCAUCUUCAAAGACUAAAAGCGAGAUCCUCCUGGAAGAGGAGAAAUCUGUCGAGUUUGUGUUUAUUCCUCCAGAAACAAAAGCAAGAGUAUUGACAGAGCAUCAAAAAGAAAUGCUUAGGUCAAAGAGAGUUGACGUUCCUGCUAUGUACAACAAUUUGGAUACGUCGCAGGACACAACCUUAUUUUCUCAGUAUACUCAAAGCCAGGAAGAUUCUUUGGAAAAAUCGUCCUUAAUAGAAAAUGCACAAGAAGAUACUAAAAACAAAUCUCAGGAAGAAAACACAAAGAGCGAAGGAUGUGCCAAAGAAUCGGACACAGUUGCGGAGGACGGCAGAUAUGAUAAUCCUCUCGGGAGCUCUGCCGGUGUGAACAAGUCGUCUGUUACUUGUGCGGAGGGAGAGUCAAAAAUUGGGGAGGCAGCUGAAGUGCCUCUGGAGGAGCCAUCUAUCGGAGAGGGGUUAGAAAAAAGCACUGUGGAACCUGUUCCAAAGGAGCCUUUGGAAGGGAACGAAAACACUUCAAACGCCAGCAACAGCUCGACGUCGAGUGACGUCAUUUCUGGAACGCCGCAGCCCGUGAGCCGGCGACAGUCUUUUAUUACUUUGGAGAAAUUUGGGAGCUCGGAGAACAGACCCUUUAGCCCUUCAGUGUUAAACAGUUUAUCAGAAACUUCCGGAAGUGCUUCCGCUAAACAGGAGAAUAUGCACAUAGGCAAGACUAAUGCGAAACCAGAAAAGUCGGUAGAAGAAAAUAAAAAGCUUUCCAAAUCGGAGCCUGAACAAGUCUUCACUGCCAUACGAAGGCUGACGCGCCGGCAGAGUAAAAUGGAGCAGCCGUGGAAUAAGCAGUCCAAGUCGUUAAAUAGGUCAGACCAAGAGAAAAGCACCCAGGAAUCGUUUCCUUCCAACAGCAUGGUAGAUAGUUGUGAACUGUCUUCUGCAAUGGAAGACGUGGAAAAUAUUCUCCUGGCACAGUCCCAGGCUCUCCAUUCUACGGAAAUUGAUAUUAAAAAAGUGGAAGAUACGAUAGCAGAAAUGGAAAGCGAGCGAAUGGUAGAUACAGAUUCAAAAGAAAAUACACCCCCAGAGACAGCGGUGUCGUCUGAGCAGGUGGCAGGCGAUGACAGUCAGGUUCCACAUGCGUCUCCUAAUCAGAAAAUAUUAAGACGUUCUUCAAGGCGACGGUCAGAAACUGUAGAUGGCACAGCAGGUAGUCAAGAUAAGGAAGAUGGCCACCAAAGGAGAGACAGGCGUAGAGAAGAUGAAAAAUCUGGGCAAAAGAAGGUGCCGCAGACUGAUGGAGCCGAAAAGUCGAAAGCGGUUUCUGGGAAAACUCUAGAACGUGCCGAUAAAAAAGAAAGCAGCCUACCGGAGAGAACAGCUGCAGAGGACUUCAGCUCAAAGGAGUCUCCUGCUUCAGGGGGCCUCGAUGAGGAAGCAAACGGAAGCGCGAGGAGGUCAGAAGAUAACUGUAAGGCUGACGUGGAGGAUCAAGACUGUGCCUCGAGUGCAUUAGGUCAGAAGAAGGUGGAACGCCCGAGAUACCACACGAGAAGAGCCUCGCAGGGGUUACUCUCCAGCAUAGAAAACUCUGAGGCUGAUGGCCCCGAGGCCAAGGAAGAAAGCACAAGGAAGAAAAAACCUGCAAAAGUGAAAACCAGAAGUGAUUCUCUUGAUGGUAAAUUGAAAGAUCUACAGCCAGGAAGCCAUCAACUUGAGGCAUCUUCCCAAGAAAACAAAACUAAGAAUUUGGUGGAAGCAAAUCAGGGUGUGCCAUGCCAUGGGGCUGGCACGGAUCCUGUUCCCACACCUGAACCCCGUGACUCAAAAAACCAAGUAAUUCCUGCAGACACUGGCAAAGCUGCGGGAUCCACCAGCUCGGAGAAUUCUCCUGAUGUGCAUAACACCACUGUGGAACAGAACAAGAGUGAUACGGUGAUGGAAUCAUUCGCCAGACCGUGUGUAUCUGAUCAAGAUGUGGAAGUGGAAGAAAAUAAACACGUUGAGAAGCAAACAACCGCAGAAGAUUGUUGUUCACCUGCUCUGCCUGAACACGCACCAGGAGCAAAUGCUUCAGGCGGUGAUCUCUCCUCUGCACCCGAGUGUCAGCACAGGAGACGCAAAAGGCCAAGAAGGCUAAAGAAUUCCGACUGCUCUUUUAAAAAGCUGAAGCACGAAGUAACGUCGUUCGCUGAAUCCAGAAAUGAGGACACUCGUGAGGUGAUCGAGCCCCAGGCCACCCCAGGUCAGACAUCUGUAUGUAUGUCAGAGACAUCUGGUAGUUCAAAUUCUGAUGAGAGCUUGUCCAUGGCACCUUGCGCCAUGAGCACGCCCUUGCAUGCUCCCAAGGAACCUGGCGGGUUCGACUUGGGGAGAACAUCUGGAGACGGUCUGCAGGGAAACAGCGUUGUGGCGGAGGAGGAUCUGAAGAAUCCUCAGUGCGCAGCAGCAGAAAUCGCUGCCUCUGUAGUGGAAAUUAACGAACCUGCUGAUCGGAACGACUCAACUGAGCAGGGCCUGCCUGAGGGGGUGUUGGGUGAGGCUGGUGACAGCUGGGUGGCUGCAGGGACACAAAGGGAAGAACCAGUGGCUCCAGGAAAGGAGGAAGUGGGUCAGGAUGGGCAACUGGAGGAGAUACCUGAGGCACUGCUUGAUCACAAACCUGAGGGAAGACCGAUGGAUGAGCUAGAAAGCGAAGGUGCUGAAGCAGAGAGUUCAGUAGAAAUUCAAGAUCAAGAGAUAAAGGAGGAAUUGGUGGAAACUGAGAUCACAGUGCCUGAGAACGUGGCCUUAGAUGGAGAAGAUGGAGUAGAAAACACAAGUGCGGAUUCGCCUCAAAAGCCGCAAGAUGGUGAUUCUUUAGCGUCGGUUCAUGAAAGUCCCAAUGGCAUGCAGGCACGCUGCUUGUGGUCUCCUUCAGCUUCUCCGUCCACGAGUAUUUUAAAGAGAGGUGCCAAAAGAAGUCAAGACGACGAUUCCCUGUCGCCCGCUAAUAAGAUUCGUCGAGUCUCUUUCGCAAACCCAAUUUAUCAGGAGGGACUGGCGGACGACAUCGAUCGGAGAAGUCCUAUCAUUAGAUCCCAUUUUAAUUCGCCUUCUUCCCGGAGCCUUAAAAUUUUGUCUAACGUUCAGGUGAAGCACAUUACCACUCCAACCAAAGGAUUUCUGUCCCCAGGAUCUCGUAACCCUAAAUUUAAGAGCUCAAAGAAGUGUUUAAUCACGGAAAUGGCGAAGGAAUCACUGCCUUCCCCCACGGAAUGUGUGUAUCCUGCCUUGGCCAGCUGCCAAGCCCCGGUGGAUGUCAUUUUACCUCAGAUUACAUCCAACAUCUGCGCCAGAGGCUUGGGGCAGCUCAUCCGAGCAAAGAACAUAAAGACAGUGGGCGACCUGAGUGCUUUGACGGUGUCAGAAAUCAAAACUCUUCCCAUCCGCUCUCCGAAAGUUUCCAAUGUUAAAAAAGCUCUUAGAGGGUAUCACGAGCAACAGGCAAAAUCACGAGGGUUUGAGGAAAUAACAGUGCUUGAAGAUACAGAAAAGCCCGUAAAUAGCACAGAGGAUAAAUCUCUUCCUGGAGACGACGAAAAACUCGCAACAGAUUUGAUCGAACCCGCUGUGGGGAAUCCGAACGAGCAGCCCGCAACCGAUCUCCUGAGCCAGAUUGAGACCCUCGCGGCUCAGCUGACCUCGGAAGAUCUUCACAGCUACUCGGGGAGCCAACUUUUCGAGAUGCAAGAAAAACUCAUCGGAAUGACAAACUGUAUCCUGAAGAACCUGCAGUCCCGCUGGAAAUCACCACCCCAUGAAAGUUGUGAUUAG